CAUCCUCUCUCCAUCUCAGCACGAGUGUGUGUGUGUGUCUCAGUGUGUGUGUUGUCACUCUCCUCCAACCUGCUCCCCGCUCAGCAUGGCCAGAUUUACGCAAAGUGAAAGCAGAAGGGAUCAGCAGCAGCAUCAUCCCCAGCCGACUCAUCCCGCCCCCGUCAACCUGCUUCUACAGCAGCCGCUUCUACAGCAGCCGCUCCUACUUAUCCCUCAUCAGAAUCAGCUCGCGCACAUCCCGGUUCCAAAACCCAUGAACGGACCCGAAACUGUCUCCAUGCACACGGACUGCGGCGCCAUGAAAGACCAGGACGCCAUCAAGCUCUUCAUUGGACAGAUUCCGCGGAACCUCGAGGAAAAAGACCUGAAACCUCUCUUUGAACAGUUUGGGAAAAUCCACGAACUGUCUGUUCUGAAGGACCGAUACACAGGCAUGCAUAAAGGUUGUGCGUUUCUCACCUACUGUGCCCGGGAUUCUGCCAUCAAAGCCCAGAAUGCAUUGCAUGAGCAGAAAACCCUACCUGGGAUGACUCGUCCCAUCCAAGUGAAACCAGCUGACAGUGAGUGUCGUGGAGAGGACAGGAAGCUGUUUGUGGGGAUGCUGAACAAGCAGCAGACAGAGGAGGAUGUGUACCGCCUAUUUGAGCCCUACGGCGCCAUCGAUGAGUGCACCGUACUAAGAGGUCCUGACGGAAACAGCAAAGGUUGUGCAUUUGUGAAGUUCUCUACUCAUUCUGAAGCGCAGUCUGCCAUCAGUUCCCUGCAUGGGAGUCAGACCAUGCCGGGAGCGUCGUCCAGCCUCGUGGUGAAGUUUGCAGACACAGAUAAGGAGAGGACCAUACGGCGCAUGCAGCAGAUGGCUGGACAGUUUGGCAUCUUCAACCCCUCUGUCGCCCUACCUACGUUCAGCAGCUACAGUAGCUAUGCACACGCCUUGAUGCAGCAGCAGCAGGCAGCGGUGAUGGCCGUGUCUCAGGGGGGCUACCUAGCCCCCAGCCUCUCCUUCCCCUCCGCCCAGAUCCACCAGUUGGGGGCGCUAGCAAUGAACGGUCUGCCGCCCAACCCCCUCAAUCUCGUGUCAGGUCUGAGCUCUCCUCCAUCCGCCCUGCCCUCCUCCCUGACCAGCCUGGUGGCCCCAAUGAUGAACGGGUACACCGGCCUCACCCACCAGGCUAACGGGCACCCUCUAGAGACCCUCUACACCAAUGGCCUGCCGACCUACUCCACCCAGAGCCCUACUGCUGCAGACACACUGCAACAGGCCUUUACUGGGGUACAGCAAUACACAGCCAUCUACCCAGCAACUACACUCACCCCUCUAGGUCAGUCACUUUCACAACACCCUCAGGUCAUUGGCCAACAGCAGAGGGAAGGUGAGGGACCAGAGGGCUGUAAUCUGUUCAUCUACCACCUGCCCCAGGAGUUUGGCGAUAACGAACUGAUGCAGAUGUUCCUGCCCUUCGGCAAUGUUAUCUCCUCCAAGGUAUUCAUGGACAGAGCGACCAAUCAGAGCAAGUGUUUCGGCUUUGUGAGCUUUGAUAACCCGGGCAGUGCCCAGGCUGCCAUCCAAGCCAUGAAUGGUUUCCAGAUUGGUAUGAAGAGACUCAAGGUGCAACUCAAACGUCCCAAAGACGCCAGCCGCCCCUACUGACACCCCCCAGCACAGGUUUAAUCAGAGGUAUGGAGGACGUCUUUGAUUGAAUAAGACAUUUUGUGUUGAAUAAGACAUUUUGUGAAAGGAAAAAACAAAAAAGUGAUUCUGUUUUUAAAACAAUGGAAAAUAGACUUCAUAUGGGAGUUGGGAAGACAUCUCUUUUUAUCUUCAAUCAUAUCUGACUGGCAGAGGAGGACUCACAGCUCUGCACCAGUGAAGGUUUGGCAUCACAGAUGAGAGAGCAAUGGGAUGAUGCAUAGGAUAGAACAAGACAUUCAAAACAAACAGAAAACUUUUUUAAAGAUACAAACACACAAAAAAAACUAUUUAGAAUCUUUGGAGACUUGAGAGUGAAGAAGAACACCACAGACAGACUAAGAAACAUUGUUAAAAAUAAUAUGGAUUUAUGAUGAACUCAAAGAGGAGUCUAGUGAACAAAAAGAGACUUCAGGUUUUUCCUACCAUGUAAUGGACAAAUGAGGGUUCAAACUUGAUCUGAGGAUUCUAAGUAUAUCUGGAAAAAAAGAUUUCUUUCUCUGUGAGUCCUGAACCUGCUCUUUCUCAAGUUUCCAUAGCAACCGAGCAAACUGCACCCCCUUGGGAUCUGAGGACCAAAUGUUUUUCUCUUUAACAGUCUUGUACAAAAUACUAACAAUCAUAUAAUACAAUACAGUAUAAUGUUUAGUCUAGUACAAACUAACAAUCAUUAAAUACUUAAAUGCAGUAUUCUACCUUUAGUUUAGUACACAUAACAGUGACAGAGAAGUACUUCAGGUCGGCAUUGGAUUAUUCACCAUCAGUGUACUGCUGACUACUAAGGAGUAUGUAAAUGUAAAAUGGGAUCAUGUAGAAUUCAGUUUGAGAGGUUAGUGAGGAAGAAUGUUGCCCCGAGCUCUAUCUGUGGGAUGGAAUACAUUAUGAAGUGUUUGUUUGUUUGUUUGAAAGCCACCUUUUAUCAUCCUUUUACUGAUAGGCUACACUUUCUCUUUGGGCACUCAGUUUGACCCUUGAACUUUUAGUUUUGUCUCCCUCUGUGCAGCAACCACUCUGAGCCUCCAUUCUAUUCAAAGUUGCCCAUAGGCACAGAUGUAGGAUUAGCUCACUUUGCCCAAAUACUAACCUUAAGCAUUAGGAAGAAAAUGCUAAAGGGGCUAUGUCAUCCUACUUCAUUCUAUUCUGCCUAUAAAGCAAAGGCUAUUGGCUCACAUUCCGUUUCAGAAGCUUACUACAGUUCUCGGCUCAGGGGUUAAAAGGUCUCGAGUCAGGUGUGCCUAAUGUUCGGAUGAGAUUGUCCAUAGAAACUGAUCUUAAGUCAGUUUUCUGGUUAAGGUGGUUAAUGGUAAAAGUUACAAUUUGGGGAGGGCCAGCUGAUCUAAGACCUGUGUGUCCACUUUGAUUAGCCAGUAGAUUUAGCAGGAUAGAUUGCUUCGUUCAUUGAGUCUGUUGACAAAGAAAGUAUUUGUGUAUUUACAUUUCAGGGAUUAUUUUAACUAGGGCCAGGAGUAUUUUCUGGUCAGGUCAAAUGCUCCGGAAAAACUCCUUUAACUUACCAUAACACAAAAAAACACUAGUACAGAUGUAGGAUCUUAAUUUGAGCCAGUUUUCUACAGCAGGAAAAUAGUCCUGCAGCAACAGGACAUUUUAAUUAUUAUGUGGAUUAUACUGUAAUUAAUGGACAUUUUUGUAGAGGUUGAUAACAUUUUUAGUAAGGGAAAACCAAGUCUGAAAUUUCAAAGUAGAAAUGACAAACUUCAGAAGCCUUUUUAAACCUCAAAUGUACCGCAUUGCAGGAAGGUUCUCCUGCAACAGGGUGAUGAAAUUAAGAUCCUACAUCUGUAUGGCACAGGUUAGAAUUUGUUUAUGGCUCAAGCUAUUUUAUCAUUGUCUAACUUCACUGUGACUUUUUUUUUUCAACAUAUAUAACUAUAUGGCUCAUAUCAAUUUGAGCCUGCAUUGCAGUACUAUUCACACUCAUAAAACAGGACUAGCUUUUCUAAAGUAAGUCAGACUCCUCUCACAUAGAUGCUCAUGCUAGAAAGCCUCCCCUCACGUAGAUGUGUGCCGUUUUGAUGGAAAAGACUGGUUGAAUCCAGCCAGUUAUCUUGUGAGGGGAGGCGUCAUCGUCAGCAGCACAGAGCGGUGCAGAGUUAGAGUAGAAAGCCUUCUGAUCCAUUUGAGUCUGACUCCAUUACAUUUUAAGGAGGUGCCUGCAGUCCCCUCUCGCUUGCAUUUGGGUGAAUGUUUUAUUCAGUAUGAAGAGAGGGAGUGGAGACUACUUUACUGGGAGUAGACUUCAAAUCUGCUUUUAAAGAGCUAUACAAGGUCAAAUGUUGAGCACAAGUCAUUCUUUGUGCUGUGCAGGACAGGUUGGGAAUUCUGUCACAGUACCUCCCUCAGGGAACACAAGAAACCAAUGGAGGAACAUCAAAACACACUCUAGAAUACAUUGGAGGAUGAUUCCAAGAGACACUCAAGGAUGGAGGGAGGGAAGGAAGGGAUGUUUUCCAUCUUUUUCCUUCAUUUUUUGGUCAUCACAUAUUCAAUAGUGAACCAUAUUUUCACUAACUCCUAGUGAAUGUUACUGCCUAUAUUACUUACAGACCAUUCCUGACCCUCAUAUAAGUGAAGUUGCCAAGUAAUGUUUAAUCGUUCUAUGAAUUCUAAUAUGUACAUUUAAUUAUCUUGUAACAUUCCUGGCCAGUUGGCAGCCGAGCGAUAAAUAUGAAGUAGCUAUUUUAGUUUAAUCGACAUUAGUUUAUUCACUGUGCACAGAAUCCUAAACCAACCAGAAAUAUGGAUAGACCAAUGCACAUUUGUAUUUAUUUUCAUGGAUUUUAAUCAUUGCCUAAAUCUAGCCUACUUAUCAUUAGCUAACUGCCAGCCUAUUCUAUUUUAUCUGCAUGUCGUUUCCUCUCACAAAUAUGUAUUCAAAGGAAGAAAGUGGCAUUUUGAUUAGAGUCAAGGGUCAACUCCAUUUCAAUCACUUGUCAGUUGAACUGGACAUUAUAACUUCUCUAUAGGAAUGCAGAUAAAUUCCUAUGUCGACUGUGAAGACAGCAAUGUUGGUUUUGAUGAUGCCUCUGUGAAAUGUUUACUGACCAGCAGCCUCUCACCACUGUUCGCAGCCUAGAUAUCGAGAAUUUGUAAUUUGUCAAAUUGCUAUGGUCUGACAGGCUUUAAGCCUUCUCGGGAUUAUAUUUCUAUGGCAAGCAGAGCUUGGCCUGCGACUGGUGCAGGAAGACAGUCAGUCUUAUGUUUGAUUCAGAUCCUGAGGUAACAGCAAUAGUCCUAGUUGCACUAAGAGACAAGCCGUGCACUACAGUAACCUGACAAGUCCUUUGACCUUUGCUUGUCCUGUAAACAUAAAGCAGUAGCCUAAAGGCUAAACGAAUGCUAUUAUUGCCAAGCAGCUGGUUGUAAAUGUACUUGUAUAUUUCUAUGUUCUAUUCAGGUUCUGGGGUUAUAUGCUUUUUCAGGGGUUGGGGGACAUAAAGAUAGUUUACUGUGCUUUUUCUAUAUACAUUUAUUAACAAUUACCUGAAUGAAGCCAUGUUACUUUCUAUCAAAUGACUACCCACUGGGCAAAAAAUGGUUGAAUCAACGUUGUUUCCACGUCAUUUCACCCCCCAAAAUUAAAUGUGAUGAUAUUGAAUCAACGUGAAGAACUGAUUGGAUUUGGAGAAAGUCAUCAACGUGAGGUGAAUCUUGUCUUUUUUUCACCCAACCUUUAUCCCAAAUCCAAUGACAUGGUGAUCUUUUUUGUUGAUUUCAGGUUGAAUUCAUGUUUGUUGACAACUCAACUAAAUGUAAAUCCAAACUUGACGUUUAACUGAUGUCUGUUCUCAGUGGGUACAUGUAUACUUAACAUUCCUACUGCACUACCUCUAUAAGGUGAUGUGUAUAAAUCUUUUUUAAAAACAAGACCUCAAUUUUCAUUUUAAGAUGAUGGAUUUUCAUGUGUUUACUGCCAAAAUCCACCUUCGUCCAUUCGUACUGCUCAACUGGAGGCUUGGAUGACGGGAGGGAGUAGGGGGUCAUGACAUUCUUAUGAAGGACGCCGUAUGAUCAUGUACUAUGUUUUGAAUGCAGUGGGAAAAUACAAUAUAGCUUGAUGUAAAUAGGAGAUCUGUUUUAUUUCAUAAUCUUGUCAGCACACAAAUCUUUUCAGGUAACGGGGCGAGGAGGGGAAGAGGGAUGGAGAGGGGGUGUUUAUGGAGAUACUGUCAGUGGGUGGGGUUGACAUUUGAAGAUGGUGUCUAACGUCAGUGGUUUCUUAGCACAAUAUACAAAAUGUAUAGUCGAUUGAGAGACAGGGACAAGGACACUUGUGGGUAAUGCUGAGGGUAGAAAAGGUGGACAUGAUGAUGUCUGAGAAACCACAGCUCUCUUAUCCUGCCCAUGUCUCUCCUAUACUUGCUGCUUUGACAAUUACAAUUUUCAUAUGGUUUAAUUUAUUUACUUAUUUAUUAGGUCAUAUUUAAUCAAAUGUGUCCUUCUAUUUAUUAUUACCUAUCAUUAUUAUGAUAUUUAUUUUUAUUUCAUGUAUUUUUUUUCUUCAGAUAUCAAUGAUACAGAUUGCUUACUGGGACUUUUUUUCUCUUUCUCCUUUUUCAAUUUUACAAUAAAAUAUUCUAAUAGUA